CAUCAGCACCAGCACCAGCACCAGCAUCAGGUUCAGCACCAUCAGAUCAGGACACUUGGAGGACAUGGAGGGACAGACUGCAGGUGUAGUCUGGAGGAAACGGAAUCCCCUGAUCGGAUCCUUAGAUGAACAAGUCCAGGAAAGACGUGACAUGGACUGGAAUAUCGGAACCAGAACAUCAGAGCACCGGUCCUUCUUCCCUUCUGUAUGUGUAGUGUAUUAUAUGCAGGAAAUAGUGUAGAGUGUAGAAGAGCUGGUCCUUCCCAGAGAGGAGGAGCAGCAGCGCACACACGCAGGAGAAGGGUGUCGACGGAGGAAGACAGGAAGGAAGGAGACAGGAGGGGAGGAACCGAGGGGGAAAUAAUAUCACACUAAUAUUGCAAGCUUCCAAUAAUGGCGGCUAAAUCGGACGGGGUUCUGAAGAUGAAGAAGAGUGACGUGGCCUUCACCCCGCUGCAGAACUCGGAGCAUUCCGGAUCGGCGCAGGGGCUCCACUCGGGCGGACAGCCCGACUCUGCGGGAACCGGGGAGGGAGACUUCGCUAACGGGGAAUCGCGGUGCUGCGGCGGUGGCGGCGGCGGCGGAAGCAGGAACUCGACGUGCCUCCGCCUGAGCAGGGAGCAUCAGAAGUAUACGGUGUGGGACAGUCUGUGGAUCUUAGCCGCUGUGACCGUGUAUGUGGCCGAUGUGGGCACCGACGUGUGGCUGUCGGUGGAUUACUACCUCCAACGAGAUUACUGGUGGUUCGGCCUGACGCUGUUCUUCGUGGUGCUAGGCUCCUUCUCCGUCCAGCUCUUCAGCUUCAGAUGGUUCGUUCACGACUUCAGCACCGAGGACAGCGCCGAGUCGGCCGCCGCGGACUGCGCGCUCAUGGACGGGAACAAGCUGCUGAGCGGCUCCGCCUCACACGGAGACAUCACCGCCCCACAGCAGCCGGCCAUGCCGCAGAGACAAGCGUCCACGGCCAGCAAGAACAACACGAGCAACAGCACCGCGAGCAUGGCCUUGGGCUGCAGGAGCAAGAACCGCUCAGCGUACUACUCCUUCUGCGUAUGGUUCGGCCAGUCCGUCAUCCACAUCCUCCAGCUGGGCCAGAUCUGGAGGUAUCUUCACACCAUCUACCUGGGUGUUCGGAGUCGUCAGAGUGCUGACACGGAACGUUGGCGUUACCACUGGAGGAUGGUGUACGAGUUUGCAGAUGUGAGCAUGCUGCAUCUGCUGGCCACCUUUCUGGAGAGCGCUCCACAACUGGUGCUACAGCUGUGCAUCAUCAUACAGACACACAAGCCGCAGGCUGUCCAAGGUAUAACUGCAGCAGCCUCACUCAUCUCUCUGGCCUGGGCUCUGGCCUCCUACCAGAAGGCCCUGCGAGAGUCCCGGGACGACAAGAAACCCAUCAGCUACCUGGCCGUCAUCAUCCAGUUUUGCUGGCACUUCUUCACCAUCGCAGCCAGGGUCAUCACCUUCGCCCUAUUCGCCUCUGUGUUUCAACUCUACUUUGGCAUCUUCAUUGUCCUACACUGGUGCAUCAUGACCUUCUGGAUUGUCCACUGUGAGACAGACUUCUGCAUCAGCAAGUGGGAGGAGAUUGUGUUUGACAUGGUGGUGGGAAUAAUCUACAUCUUUUCCUGGUUUAAUGUCAAAGAGGGAAGAACAAGGUGUCGGCUUUUCAUCUAUUACCUGGUGAUCUUGGUGGAGAAUGCCGCUCUGAGUACACUGUGGUACCUCUACCGUUCACCUCGCCCUACUGAUGCUUUUGCAGUGCCAGCACUCUGUGUCAUCUUCAGCAGUUUCCUAACUGGAGUGGUUUUCAUGCUCAUGUACUAUGCCUUUUUCCAUCCCAAUGGGCCACGCUUUGGACACUCACCAAGCAGCCAAGGAAUCGACCUGGACCCCACUGCUCAGUUCUCCAUGCUGCCGUCAGAAGGUGCCACCAACUCGCUGCGCUCCAACCGAGGUGCAACCUCAACUCUGGAGCGCGACACAGCCAAGUACUCAGAGCGGGACGGCUGCAUGCCGGUGUUCCAGGUCCGACCCACAGUGCCAUCCACUCCAUCAUCUCGUGCUCCACGUCUUGAAGAGACUGUCAUCAAAAUUGACCUUUGUAGGAAUCACUACCCAGCCUGGGAGCGCCAUGUCCUUGACCGUGGUAUACGAAAGGCAAUCCUGGCCAUAGACUCCUCCUUGACUCCACCACGGCUGCAGUACAAAGACGAUGCUCUGGUGCAGGAGCGGUUGGAAUAUGAGACCACUUUAUAGCUGCAUCCUGCUCUCACCCCAUAUGGGGAUGCAGCAUCAGAUGUCAUGUAAACAGCAGCAGGAACUGUGGCAAUAAAAUGUGUUACUCAUCUUCUAAUAUCCCAAUCGUCUGUGCUGGGCUGGAGGAGCACAGGCGGUUUGGCGUAGUUUCAGCAAAUGUAGCUGGAUGUAUUUGGAGUCUUUGGAGGGUUGGUUGGAUCCCAGUCCUGUAGUUUAAACUUGUUGCGGAGCGCUUUGACUCUUUUGUCAUGUUGAGUUUGAAAAAGUUAGGGAUAAAAAUGUCCAUUCAGUCUGAAGUCAUCAACUAUUCCUUUUGAACCACAAUGACACAAGAAACUGCUCUAGUGCAACAAAGUAAAGGACAAAAUGGGAAGUCUGCAGUGGUACUUCCACCUGGAUCUACAUCAUAAUGCUUGCUACUCCUGUGUCAGUGCCAAAAAGAUUCCUUGGAAAUGUGCUAUAGCAUCUGAGGAUGUGGACAUUUUUCAGAUGAUGAUCUGUAAUUCAGGAUGUUCCAUCUGGCCUCGAUGUUUUAUUCCUCAUGGAUAGUUGAUAUUUUUUUUACUGGAAAUGGGUCAGACAGAAAAGGAAUUGACAGAGUUCAAAGGGGCACUGAUACUCAGUCACUGUGCUCUGUUUGGAAAAAAAUCAAUGAGAAAGGCAGAGAAAGUGUGGGGUGAUUGUUGUAUAAACACAAGCUUGUGAUUUUUCUCCAUAAGGACGGAAGUCAAGCUCACACAAUGCCAAGAAGAAAAAAACAAUCCUCCAAACAGUUCAACUCAGCUGUCUGCAGUGGAGAUCAACAGAAACCGGCAGUGCAGUUAAACUGUGAUCUUCUGUGGGGGAGAACGUGGAGAAGAAAAGACGAUGAUAAGAGGUGACUGAAGUUGAAAUUAGUGGGGGAUGGAGGUAAAGAGAGAACACAGACAAGCAGCCAUCUCAGCCAAACUCAAUCAACGACCAGGUUGUACAGUUCACUGAAACAACACGCAGCAUUUUUUUACAGACAGACAGACAGACGACUUUAUUACUUACUUUAUAUAC